AUCCACCAAUCCAAUAAGUGAAUUAAAAUAUAAGAAACAAACAAUAUACUAUCUAAUUAUAAUGGUAUCUCUCAAUUCCCUUGCAGCUAUUCUCGUGGUCAUGUUUUUGGCCACCGGACCUAUGGUUCGAGCCCAACACUGCAGAGACGAACUGAGCAAUGUGCAGGUGUGUGCGCCGCUUCUUCUGCCCGGUGCGGUCAAUCCAGCUCCGAACUCAAAUUGCUGCGCUGCCCUCCAAUCAACUAACAAAGAUUGUCUAUGUAACGCUCUUCGAGCAGCCACCACACUUACCUCUCUUUGUAACCUCCCCUCUUUUGAUUGUGGUAUAAGUGCUUAGUUCAGCAACGUUCAGUUCCAAGGAUUUGGGGAGUUUGGUCUACAAAAGACAAUAAAAUAAAAUAAUCCCAAUUAGAAAUACACUAUUUCUUUGCUGUUUUGUUUUGAAUUUGGUUUGUUCAAUACUUAUGACAGAUCUAUUGAUCAAUACCGUUAUCACCAUUAUUACGGAAUAUUUUCUAUAAUAAUUGGCAUCAUUAGAGACCUGCUUUCAUAA